CUUUCUUUCACAAAUAACUGGCUUAAGGAAAAUGCAGCGCUACCCUGUAGUGAAAUUUUUAAAAUUCAUUUUACUUUCAUACAUCUCAAACUUACUUUUACAAAUUUCUUUAAAUCGAUUUAUUUUAGCUCUCCACAAAAUACCUUCUACAAAAUUCUCGAUCGGCUUACGCACAUCACGCCUCAGCUAAAAAUAACCACGAACAUUCGGGAAUCAUCGGGAUUAUGAUGUGUUAACAUACCUUUACCUGGAUGAACACAGAACCAAGCAUCUCGCAUUAUCUAGAAUUUUCCAUAAUAGAAUAUAUAUCAGCAGCUCUGAAUCUACAAUGUCAGACAAACGCAGAAAUCAACGACAGCUAUCAAAGACAAUAAAGCGUACCAAGGAGGAUUCACAAGAAACAGUGAGUGAUUAUAUAUAUCCGACAGCUACUUUCACUUUCGUGUUUACAAACAAUCAUGGCUAGUAAAACUCCAGCGAUCGGCAUUGAUCUCGGAACAACGUUUUCCUGUGUCGGUGUUUUUCAACAUGGGAAAGUGGAAAUCAUUGCUAACGAUCAGGGAAACAGAACAACGCCCAGUUAUGUGGCAUUCACGGACACCGAGAGACUCAUCGGAGAUCCAGCUAAAAACCAGGUAGCAAUGAACGCCACCAAUACAAUAUUUGACGCUAAAAGGCUGAUUGGACGCAAAUUCACCGACGAAAAUGUGCAGUCCGACAUGAAGCACUGGCCUUUUACUGUCUUCAACGAUGGAGGAAAACCUAAACUUCAAGUGGAACACAAAGGUGAGAGAAAGAGAUUUACACCUGAGGAAAUCAGUUCUAUGGUACUGACAAAAAUGAAGGAGACAGCAGAAGCCUACCUAGGGCAGUCUAUUCGGGACGCCGUCAUUACAGUUCCCGCCUAUUUCAAUAACGCUCAGAGAGAGGCCACCAAGGAUGCCGGAGUGAUAGCCGGUCUCAAUGUUCUCCGAAUCGUGAAUGAGCCCACGGCCGCCGCUUUGGCUUAUGGACUAGAUAAAAACAUUUCUGGUGAGAAAAAUGUCCUCAUCUUUGACCUAGGCGGUGGGACUUUUGAUGUGUCUAUCCUCACAAUAGACGAGGGAUCCAUAUUUGAGGUUCUUUCAACCGCAGGGGACACUCAUCUGGGAGGUGAAGAUUUUGACAAUCGAAUGGUGAAUCACUUCGUUCAAGAAUUUAAACGCAAGUACAGUAAAGACAUUUCCAAGAACAACCGUUCCCUGAGACGACUCAGAACGGCCUGUGAACGUGCCAAGAGAACUCUGUCCAGCAGCUCUGAAGCCAACAUAGAGAUCGACUCUCUCUUCGAGGGAAUUGAUUUUUACAGUAAAAUUACUCGAGCCCGAUUCGAGGAAUUAUGCUCAGAUUUGUUCCGUGCCACCCUGGAGCCGGUAGAAAAAGCUCUGAGAGAUGCCAAGUUGGACAAAUCCAAAAUUCAUGAAGUAGUUCUGGUAGGAGGAUCCACAAGAAUUCCCAAGAUCCAAAAACUGCUACAAGAUUUCAUGGGUGGCAAAGAAUUGAACAAGUCCAUUAAUCCAGACGAAGCCGUGGCAUACGGUGCUGCUGUUCAGGCCGCCAUUUUAAAGGGAGACAGAAGUGAUGCCAUUAAAGAUGUUCUCCUGGUGGAUGUCACUCCCCUAUCUCUGGGUAUUGAAACUGCCGGAGGUGUCAUGACCAAAAUCAUCGAACGAAAUGCUAAAAUUCCAACCAAGGCAUCCCAGACGUUUACCACCUAUUCUGAUAACCAGCCUGGAGUGUCCAUUCAGGUAUUUGAGGGUGAACGAGCAAUGACCAAAGACAAUAACAAACUGGGUACAUUUGAACUGAACGGAAUUCCUCCAGCACCUCGAGGUGUCCCACAGAUCGAAGUGGAAUUUGACAUUGAUGCCAACGGAAUCCUGAAUGUCUCAGCCAAAGACAAGAGCACUGGCAAAUCCAACCAAAUCACUAUCACCAACGACAAAGGUCGCCUUAGUAAGGCUGACAUCGAGAGAAUGGUGAGCGAUGCCGAGAGGUACAAAGAGGAGGAUGAUAAACAACGACAGAGGAUAGGAGGACGGAAUCAGCUGGAGUCCUACGUCUUCUCCGUCAAGCAAGCAACAGAGGAAAAUGGCGACAAACUCCAGUCUGAAGACAAAGAGACCAUUUCCAGUGUGUGCAGUGAAACUCUGUCCUGGCUCGACAACAACGCCUUAGCAGAAAUCGACGAGUACGAAUUCAAACUGAAGGAGGUUCAGAAAGUGUGUUCUCCCAUCAUGGCCAAACUCCAUCAAAAUGGUUCCUCUGAAAAUCCGGGUCAUUCAGGCUCAGGUCAAGGACCCACGGUAGAGGAGGUGGACUAAUCCAGAAAUUUUAGACUGAUUCUUUAGUAUUCGAUAUGUAUUUAACGUUGAUACAGUACUUUCCAUGAAAGACUAUAUACGUAUAUGUCCAUGUAAAUCAUUGUCUCAAAACAUUCAAUUUGUUGGAAGAUAUGUUGUGAUCGAGAAUUAAAUUGAAGGAAUGCGUAUGUAAUUUAUAAUUUACAUGUAUACACAUGUUUAACUUUAUAUUUGUUCUAAUAAAUCUAUUUAAAUAGAA